AUGGAUCAAGCUAUGAUCUUGGACUUCAUGAGCGGCCCCAUCUACGGGUUUGGUAGUCACCGUCGCCCCGAGAUGACCGACCAGGGUACUGAUAGUGGGCAUGCCUAUAACGGCUUUGCCCGCGGUGGAUAUGCGGAUGGUGGACACGCGAAUACCGGAUACGCAAACGGCGGACCUGCUUAUAGCGGAUAUCCCAAUGACGGAUUUGCGUUCAACGGAUAUACCAACGGUCAAUAUGCCAACGAUGGAUAUGCGUACAACGGAUAUACCAACGGUCAAUAUGUCAACACUGGUAUUCAGAAUACCAUGUAUCCGGCGGGAUUCGACAUGGCCUACACUCCUCACUACGGACAAGAUAUGGGCAUGGGUACUUAUUUGAACAAUGGCGUGCUCCCCCUCCAAGGUCAAUCCCAAGAGCAGGUCCAGUUUCCAGUUGUCUUGACGGAGCGACAGCAGAACAAGUUGCUCAAGAAGGCAUAUGAUAGCGUCAUUACCCGUGAGGGUAUGACUGCUGAAGAAUACAGCUUUCGCGUCCAGGAGAAUUUGCAAAUCAUGGUGCAGGGUACCGGUUAUGUUGUCGGCGAUGGUCGCUACAAACAUGCGGGCACUUCGAAUGGUGACCAGACCUAUCCCCCAGUUCCAAAUUCGUUCGUUAAUGAGCUCAUUCACACGGGCCAACGCUUGAUCCACAAUAGGGAUGUAGCGGAAAACGUCGCCCGCGGACUGUCCCGUGGCCCCAUCUCCAACCUUCCUGUCAAUCCCCAGACGCCACAUAUGGAUCGUCAUGCCCAAGGUCCGGCUCGUGGAGGUAUGCUACCUGUUCAGGCACCGAUCGUAGCCCCACCUGCCAACAUGAACCAACCUAUUCUGGAUGGCAUCGUUGCACGUCCACUCCCCAAUGCUCGCAUAAUUCCUCGCGACUUGAACUCCACAACUGGUGCUGAGCAGGUGAUUGCUCCACUUCUUCCCAAAUCCAGCCAGAACUCGGCAGAUGCAUUCGUCCAGCACCCAUCUGGCCUUGAUGAUCCUUUCUUGGGUAACGAGUCGCGCCAGCGAGUCACGGAGUGGCUGGGUUGCGAUGAUGAAGGUAACACUGGCGGAGGAAACCCCCGCAAGCGCUUCUCGUACUCGGCUUCUCCUUGCCCUGCUCCCAAGCGUGCUCGUCAGCAUGGCCCAGCUUCUGAGAACGAUAUGAUGAGCGCUUUCCAGCCCGUGGCUACGAGUGCGUUUGAGCGAAACAGCGACAUGGACAUGAUGAGUGUGGAGAACGUUGUGAGCCCUUUGGCCCACCCUGACAACAUGGCCUGA